AGCUCAUGGAGUGUAAACAAGAUGAUAAUGUACAAGUCAAACCUCCAGACUGGUUUAUUUGGCGUUUAGGUGUAAACUGAGAAGCUGUAAGUAAAUUUUAUCUUUAAGAGUUGUUAGUUUUUGUUUUAUUUGUGUUAAAUUUGACUGACGUCAUGAGCCGCUGGUCCACCAGCCUGGCUCCUGCUCGCAGCUUCGUCUCAGUCUGCAGCCCGCAGCUCUCCUCUUCUUUAGCACACAUGUCCAGCAUGUUGGACACCGCUGCAGAGCAAAUGAUGGUCCACAAAGACUUCCAGGCAGCUUUUGAUACGUGCGAAAGAGGCCUGGAGAGCCUCGCCAACAUGGAGCAGGAGGACAACAGAUGUGGAGAGUUUAAAGCUGGCUUCUGCAUCGUAGGGAUUCAAGCUCUGGCUGAGCUUAAUCAGUGGCAAGGUGUCCUACCAUGGGUCCUUCAGCAGUACGAGCACCAGGAGAAGAUACCAGCUAAAAUAAUGCAGAUGUGCAUACUUCUUUACUCCAAGGUGGGAGAACCUGCCGCAAUGCAGGAGGCAGCCAGAGUUUGGUUACACUGCCCGUCCAACAGCAGAGUAACGGGCUUUGGUAUGGUGGCGGAGCUUUACCUGCUGCACGUCCUCGUGCCUCUUGGACACAGAGAUGAAGCUCUGGAGCUGAUUGUUGGUGAGGUUGGAAGCAGUGCGUUCACAGAAGACCAGAGGCAGACGGCACUGGAUCUUGUGGAGGAAAAAGAGCGACAGAAUCAGGAUCUGCCUCUAAAUCCUAUCAUCAGUCCAGACUCUGGCAUCACUGCACAUCCUGUCUCAACUCAAGGAUCAUUGAUUCAUAAACUUACAGCCAUGGUCAGGUUUUUGUACAGAAAAGUGAUGGUGACCGGCUCCGGCUCAUUUCCCCUGCGGAGAGUCUUCCUGGCUGCCGUCCUUCUCUACAUGCUUUUUAUUCGAAUGGAUCCAGCUCUUCCGUCUUCAUUCAUGUGGAUUUCCAAACUUCUUGAACUGCUCAGACAGAUGUGGAGAGCCAUGUUUGCACCGUACUAUCAGAGUCUCACUCAGAGCAAAGGACUGUAAUAUAGUCUUACUGGUGACUUUUUGUUACAUCAAAUAGUAGAGACAUUCCCAGCAAUGUUUGCUGAUAUCUGAGUGAGAAACCACAGACUCUUGAAGCUGUCAGGAUGCUCUGCAGACUGCUAGAGACUGACAUCCUUCUGGCUGCAGGUCCAGAUCGAAAACUUUCUGAACUGACUGCUGUUGACUGACAUUGAAUCAUCAGCUUCUCAUUCAGCUAUGUGACACUAAAAUACAUUUAAAGCAGGUCAUUGUAUGAGAUAUGCGCACAAAUGUGGACAUCUAUAUGUGUAUAGGCUCAAUUUGUGCCUGUAUGUGUAAUUCAGCCAUAAAUUUUGAGAUCCUGCAAAAAUAUCACGGCAAAAUUGAAAUGAUAUCAGUCACUUUAGUGAUAAUCUAACCAUAAUAAUAAUGGAGUAGCAUCACAAAUAUUUUGUAUUACAUUUUAACAGUAUUUGUACAGUUGA